UCAGUUGAUCUUUAAUCGUAACUAUUGAACCGUCUGUGUCUCAAGACAUGACACUCCAAUCUGAGUAUCUCAUCUGAGACGAGAAUUGAGAAACGACUAUAAAUACGGGCCCUAGGAGUAAAUGCAUGCCAUAAAUGAAGUAACAUAUUAUAAAUAAAAAUGUCGGCCGUCAAAAUUAUUGUAUGUCAACAUUUGCAUGUCUGCCGUAUAUCUGUACGUGUGAUAACGUGUGCUAUUUUUAAAACGGCAUUGAUUUACAGAUUAAGCAUUUUAUGGCAAAGAGCCUUUCUCUGCAAUGAAAUAUUUGUGUAAUGUUAAAGAAUGUAUGUCUGUUUACGUACGUAAACUUAAUAUUUCAAUAAUAUUGGGGCAGACGCGUUUUCAGAUACAGAGACUAGCGAAUUUUCCAUCUGAUAUAAGUAAAAGUAAUUUGAACAGAGUGUCUUUGUACGAAUUUUGCGGAAAUGAAUUCCUCUUCGAGCACCUUUUUUUCCGCGACUGUCGUUGUAAUUUUUAUAUUUACACAACCGUCGGAAUGCAGGGGCGCUGCAAAGCUGCAAAUGCAGUCUUACAUUCCGCAAUGAACGGCAGACCGAGUGACAUUUUUGCGUUGUUACUCAACGUGCAUUUCUUAUCGGUGGUUAUCGAGUCAUUAACGAAACGGUUUGUUACGAGGACUUGAAUUUUAUCGCUUAACUAAUGCCACGAUCUCUGUUGUUUAAUAGACGGCGAUUCGCUUAGCUCGAGGCGUAGCUUUGUCUUGGAUAACGCUUUUUGCAAACACACCACUCCUUUCGUUAAUUUAACGCCGCGCAAAUCGUGUCUCGUAAUUACAUUUUUACCGUAAUACUGUAAUACUAUUUUUAAAUUGUUACACUUUCUAAUAUACGAGCUCCGAGCAGCGAAUUUGAUAUUUUCUUUACGCUUCUAAAAUCGCAACUUCCAAGAUAUGCGGAAUUAAUAAGCUUCAUACGCGUGCGUCUGUGAUAAAAAGUUUAUCAUUCAUAUUUAUAAAUACAUACUAUUAAUUUUCCCUUUUUUUUAUUUGUGUAUUACUUAAUCGAACCGUCACGUACGCGCGCACUAAAGUCAAGCUGGUUAGAUAAGUUAAGAUAACAAGAGUGGAAGAGAUACGUUCGAAGACGCGAGAAAUCGCGCCGCACAAUUAUAGAUGAAUCACGCAUCGUGGCAUCCAGUGCCUCGUAAUAAUUACGAGAAAUUACGUAAAAAGAUACCGACAGUGUUCAUAGAACUUUAUGCUCAGCCGGCAGUGCCGGGAUGAAAAUUUUCCGGACCCUGGCUGCAGUAAUUUUCAAACAAGUUUUCCUGUAAUGUCAACAAUAAUGCCAAUAAUAAUGUUACGUAAAGGCGUUGUGAAAUUUGGCAGAAUAAAUGCGUCAAAGAAAUAUCAUCGCAUUCUCCUCGACAUGAGCAACGAAGGUAACAAAGGACCGCCGAGCGCCAUAACGCUCGGCUUCUCGACACUGACGCAUUUUCUGCUCGUGGCUCCAGUGAUAUAUAUCCUGGUAGUUGCCUGUCAGAACUACAGUUUCUUCUCUUGGCACCCCAUUUGCAUGUCUGUUGGGGUCGGUCUCCUGGUCGCAGAAGCCGUCUUCAGCGUCUCCGGCGAGGCGUACGUCUCUUGGAAACUACCCAGGCGCAGCAGAGUGACGAUACACUGGAUUCUACACACGAUUGGCCUGACCGUAAUUGGGAUCGGUUUUAUCAUCAUCAUCGUUCACAAAGUCAACCAUAAUUAUCACCAUUUCGCCACGACUCACUCGCAGCUGGGCUUAACGACGAUUAUACUGACCGUCCUGGCCGCCACUUUCGGAAUCCUGGCGAAUAACACCGUCUGGAUAUAUCCGCGCGUAAGGCCGAUACUCGUCAAGGUCGCUCACGCUUGCGGCGGCAUUGGCAUAACCAUUCUUUUACUGGCUACCCUCAUCAAUGGGACCUACAGCAAUUGGUUUUCCGCCGCCGGCACCGACGUCGGAAGAGACUUGACGUUCGCGUCGUUGUUCUUCGCGGGCGUCCUGAUACUCGUGAAACCGAUCCUCGGCGCUGUUUCGAGGUGCAGAGUCAUAUUCGGACCACCUUCGAGCGACACGUAAGACCUCGUUGACCGAAGUCCGGCGCAAGUCUGAAAGACGAUUUAUGACGUCGGGACGCGGACGACGUGCGGGAGUUGUAGCCCGAAAGUAACAUCCAAGGGUGUCCCUGCUCGAUCGACGAAAAAUUCAUUUGUCUCAGCAAUUGUUAAACUGAUUGGAUUUCGCUCGACGAACUUGGAGAACAAUAAUGAAAUUUAGUUUCGGCAAGUGGGGUCACUCUCGAAGCAACUCCUGUAAAAUAUUCAACGGAACAGUGAAAAGCCAAAGACCAUAGAAUUAAACCCGUUAUUUGAAUUGUUAGCCCCAUCGCGGAUGUUGCCUGUACGAAUUAAAGAAGGGCGUGUCGUUAUAUUAGAAACCAGUCAUGGCGACAGCCAUGAGAUUAGAGAUCUGACAGCACACUGUUAACCAUGUAUACCAACACUUUAUUGAUUGCACACGCAUCAUAACAUUUAUUACGCAUACAUAACAUUUAUUAUGCACCACAAAUUUGCACAUAUGCGCCCGCAUAUGUAUUAUAUACUCGUGGAUGUGCUUGUAACAUAGAUAUAUAUAUUUUUUUAUAAUGCAAUGUACAUAUAUAACACAACGUAUUUAUUUGGCAUCUUUUUAAUACCUUUAUAUACUAAAUUAUAUACUAACUAUACAUAUAUGAAACAUAUAUGUAGAACUCUCACAUAUAUUAACACUUAAUUGUUAAUAGUAUAAUUUAGGCUAUUAAUUAUUAAAGUUAUUAAUUAUUAAUAACUUUCAUCUUGAGAGGACCCAGUCUCCCUAUUUGUUUUUUAUUUCAAUCAAUCUACUCAAAAUUGUUUUAAAUUACACAACAGUAUCUCAGCGGCACAGUGCACUGACCAAAUAUCGGCGAAACGUUGGCCCAAUGCAACCAAAUGGGCCAAUGUUUAACCAAUGCACUAUGUGCUACUAGGGUCCGGUUUCGCCAAACGUCGCUUAACUUUAAUCUCAGCUUAAUUCAUGCCUGUCUCUUUAGUAACAGAUGGAAAGAGACAAAGAACGAAUUAAGCUAAGCUUAAAGUUAAACAACGGCGGUGAAACCGGACCUAGGAGAGAAAUGACACCUCGACCGAUGUCAAAACGACGCCGAGUCGACAUCAAUUUAACCGCGUCUUUUUCGUCGGGCUGUCAACAUACAUUCUACUUUUUCUUUAUUACAUUCAAGACAUAUGUAUAAUAUAAUCAUCUCUAAUCUUUCUGUCUUUUCAACGUGUAAGUCUCUCUCCUAAUAUUGUACAUAUCCAUUCAAGGCAUUAUUGUGUCCUGAUGUGUACGCCAUUCAGUAUGUUCUCCAUUAAGACAUCAGUAUUUCGAUGCUACAAUAAAAUUGCUCUUUUGCAGAAAA